UUCCAUUUCGAGAGAUUUCAGCAUGGUUUACGUGCCCAUUGUUCAUCCUGGCUGGCCAACGAUGACCUCGAACCUCGCAUGUGCGUCUAAGCUUUUGAAACGUGAUAAAAAUUUACCAACCGUAAAAUAUUGAAUCUGAUAUCGUUACACAGCUGUGCCUGUGGUGGCAUGACCUUCCACUAUGAAAGUUCCACCUCUCAAUCUCGACUAUCCCCCGAGCACUGGUUUCAAAUGGAACGCGAAGAAAACUACAACAUCCAACACCCCGAGCGGUCAGGCCAACAUUUGCGCCACCAACUCCGAAUUCGAUCCUCUAACGUUUCUCGAGCGUUCCCGCCUAGUAAUCCCUUUCAUCGUGGAUCCCACGGGCCAGAGCAGCUCCAGCAACAACAGCCACAAGUGCAUCUGCCCAAAUUCAUUCACAUCACUUCGAAUAUGAUUAAGAUGAUGAUGCUGUCCAACGAGAAUGGCACUGAGGCUGAGGGGGCAUCAUCCUUUCGAAGUCGACGAGUUCGACGUCAAGAGGACGAUGAUGCAUUCAGUAAGAAUAUCACCAAGAUCCUCGAGGAUUUACUCAAAGACUACGACAAAACUGAAAGACCAUCGUUUCGCUCAGGCAAGGCCACAAAGGUGAAAAUCAAUAUCCUCGUUCGAAGCAUGGGUCCAAUAUCGGAGGAGGCUAUGGACUACUCGAUGGAUUGCUACUUUCGUCAAUAUUGGAGAGACGAACGACUGAGUUUCACGGGGGUGAAGAAGAAUGCCCAUUCGCUGUCCAUUAAUCAACUCAGUCUCAAUGUGAAGAUGUUGGAGAAAAUAUGGAAGCCCGAUACGUACUUCCACAAUGGUCUUAGUUCCUAUAUCCACACGAUUACCCGACCAAACAAGCUCCUGCGAAUUUCGGAGCACGGUGAUAUAACGUACUCGAUGCGCCUUACAAUCAAAGCCAAAUGCCCAAUGAUGUUGAGGAGUUUCCCCAUGGAUUGGCAAUCUUGCCCGUUGGUUAUCGGAAGCUUUGCCUACACUGAAGACGAAGUGCUUUACAUCUGGUCGAAUCCUCAAAACGCCGUGGGCUACGAAGGAAAACUUGAACUCUCUCAAUUCGAUAUCAAGCACACGUCUUUCAGAGGAUUAAACUAUUCGAGAGGACACAGCAGUGGCCGGUAUUCGGUGCUUCAAGUGGUAAUCGCUCUUCAAAGACACACGGGCUACUUCUUAAUCCAGAUCUAUUUGCCUUGUACCCUUCUGGUCAUCAUGUCUUGGGUGGGGUUUUGGUUGAACCGCGAGGCUACAUCCGAUCGUAUUGGAUUAGGAAUUACCACGGUGCUGACCUUGUCAACACUGUCCUUAGAGAGUCGAACAAGUUUGCCAAAAACUCAUUACGCCACCGCCUUGGAUUGGUUCAUCAUCUGCAGCUUUGGAUAUUGCGUGGCCACGCUCCUGGAAUUUGCUGCCGUUCAUUACUUCACCAAGGUUGGAAGUGGCGAAGUGUUCGGCUUUGAUGAGCCAUCCUUGGCAGAGGUCGAGUUGCUGGAAAAUGAAAAGUUCCAGACAACCCAAGAGGACAUCGAGAUUGUGAUCGAGGACCACCCACUCAAACAAAGCGGGUCGUCUUCCCACAUGGAAAUGACUCAUCACCCACUUUCAAAUCACUCCGAGGGAGAGGAUGACAAUUGGUUAGACAUAGAAAACUCAUCCUCCGAUGUGUGGGAGCCUUCUCCCUCAACCAUUCCUCCCCCUCCUCCCGUGAUGCCAGAAGAAAUUCCAACCUAUUACUGUCCUCAACACUCACGGCCAUGUCUCGAUCAAGUUCCCAAAUUGGUCACCGUGAUGGCGAGCCAAUCUUCAAGUUCCUUAACCAAACAGGGGCGAGGAUUUUUCGGAGGUCGAGGCCUCAAGAAGAGGUUAAGAUGGAAGCGAUCCCGGGAGAGCGAUGUCACAUCUCCUCAAUUUACCCAGACUCCCUUUUACUUGACAAACUCCGUAAACCCAGCCUUUAAUGUGGACCGCAUGAACCGCCAAUGUGAAUCUCACGUGUUAGGUGAUAACGCCCAGCUGGACCUUUGCGAUAGUACUCUGAGUGAGGAGAGCCGACUUCAAGGAUUACGAUAUCACUCCUUGGAAUCAGUUGAUCAGUUAGAGAGCCUCGAAUACGGUUUACCACUUCCAGCCAUCCGGUAUUCUAGUAACCACAGUUGUGAGCAACAACCCCAAAGCGAGACCUUAAAACUGAAUCCCCGUCCCAACGGACUCCUGGCUCAACGAGGAGCUCCCAGUAGUAGGUCCAAGAAGUACAUGGCCUUGUCCAACUCAAUGUCGAUGCCCGCCAUGGCUCAAGCGGACUUGGCAGAGGAUUCUACAAGGGUGCCGCCCUACCGAAUGGCCAAGAACGGGGUCGAGCCGCGUCGACGGUGCUCGCAAGCCAUCGCCCAAACACAAACUAUAAGAAGGCCGAGGUGCUGGAGGCAGUUCAUAUUUUGUCUUCUGGCCAACGAGAAUUAUCGGAGAGAACGGCAGAAGGAAGCAGCUAAGUCGGGCACGACCAAUUCCACGUCGAAGAUCGAUUCAGUGGCUCGAAUACUAUUCCCUGUGUCCUUUGGUCUCUUCAAUCUAGCUUAUUGGUACAGCUACUUCCAAGCUCAAGCACCCUUUGCUUGGGAAGAUCACCCACUGAAAGGCAACACAUUGAGCCAUUGAUGAGCAAUUCUCAAAGGGCUCGCAGCUCAUGAAUGAGCCUGUUCUAUCCUUGGUAACUGUCUAACUAAGAAUGUCAAGCCUUCAAGAUGCUUUAGGAGAGAAAAUGGACAUUUGUUUCGCCAGAGUUGGUUUUCGGCCGCCCUUUCCCCAACAUUCAUGGUCGAUCUUAAAAGACACUCAUGAUUUGAUUGAUUAACCACCGUUCAUUGACCUAGAU